AUGUCACUGUUUACCCUGAUACUACCGAUAUUACUACUAAUAUUGCUGGAUGAAUAUUCGUUAGCGCAAAAAACUAUACCUGAUGAGAUACGUGAAAAGGUAAGCCAAGCGCGUACAUUCAGUGAACUGCUACCCGUCAUACAACUUUCGUUUGCACCACAUUUACUUCGAAAUGGGGGCAAAUCAAUGUUGAAGCAUCACAAGGUAUUACAAGCUACUGAAAUAGGGUCUUACAUGAACCGCACGCAAAAUGCUGAGUUCCUUGGAUUUCGCGGACUUGAUCUAUCAAGAAAAUCCAAUUCUCAACAAACUGCCGAUGAUAAUACAGUGAGCAGCUUGGCGAUACUGCGCACAAUUCGACAAGGUGAAGAUAAAUGUGAGUUGCAAAAAGCUUGUAUUCCUAUAUUACCGGAAAAUCCUGACCCUGGAUUAUUGAUAUUUCCGAAAUGCUAUGAAAUAACACAAUGUAUUGGAUCGUGUUGUGAAUUUACCGAACAUUGCCGUCCAACCAGUACCGAAUAUAUUCAACAACCGAUUAUUGAAAUGCUGUAUGCAGGUAAUAAUCUAUUUGUAAUCAAUCAAACGCGAAAUAUAACGGUCGAACAACAUACUGCUUGUAGUUGCCGAAUAUGCACUCGAUUUGGCGCAGCUAUUCAGUGCCCGCAAAAGAAAGUUGUUAGUCCGGACUGUAAAUGUGAAUGCAGAAAUCGAGAAGAGAAAAAAAAUUGUCAAGGUCCAAAUAAGAUAUGGAAUGACGAAACGUGCACCUGCAGUUGUGUCACAAAGAAUGACUGCAGCGGAAGUAAUUCGGAUACAUACAAUGCUACUGCUAUCAUCCACACAAUAAUGAAAAUUAUGAGGAGCCGGAAACGUCCGGCAAUUUCUGAUCGACAUUUCAGCUAG